AUGGAGAAGAAGAUCACAGAGAAGAUUGCGGCUCUGCCGCCAGACGCAAACUACUUCUCGCUGGAGUUCUUCCCGCCGAAAACUCGGAUGGGUUUUGCGAACCUCUCCGCACGUCUAGAGCGUAUGGCACAGGCCCUCCGCCCGCUCUUUGUUACAGUCACUUGGGGUGCAGGCGGAAGCACGGCGGCCCGUUCCCUUGAGCUGGCCGAAGUAUGCCAGCGACAACUGCAGUUGACUACUGUGCUGCAUCUAACAUGCACAAACAUGAGUCGGGCGUUGGUGGAUAUGGCGUUGGAGGAGGCUAAGGCCCUAGGUAUUCGGAAUAUCCUGGCACUGCGUGGAGACCCGCCCCGGAGCGAGGAGUACAACAUGCAUGGAGAAGAUGAUAGCAACAGGGACUUCACAUUUGCGGUCGAUUUGGUGAAAUACAUUCGCAAGCAGCAUGGUGACUACUUCUGCAUUGGUGUUGCUGCGUACCCCGAGGGCCAUCCUGCCGAUUCAUUCCAGGAUAUGCAGGACCCGGCACGAGACCUUCCCUACCUGGUCGAGAAGACUGUUGCUGGUGCGGACUUCAUCAUGACCCAGCUGACUUACGAUCUGGAAGCAUACCAGAAGUUCGAGGGCAUGCUUCGGAAUCACGAGUCCGGCGCCUUUAAGACCAUUCCUAUCAUUCCAGGAUUGAUGCCUAUCCACAGUUACAAGAUCCUCACCCGAGUCACAAAACUCAGCCAUGUCAAGAUCCCAGACAGUGUUGCCAAGCGCAUUGAAGAAUUGAAGCAUGACGAUGAUGCUGUCAAGCGCGCCGGCGUUGACAUCGUCAGCGAGAUUUUGGGAGGUAUGAGAGAGAUCAAAUCCCCCGGUCCCCGAGGCUUCCACUUCUAUACUCUGAACUUGGAGAAGACCGUCUCAUUCAUUCUGGAGCGCUGUGACUUGAUCCCUCCAUUUUCAGUGAACCAGGAUGAUUCUGCCAUCGAUGUUGAUGGUACUGUCUCUCUUGACGAUGUUCCAACUCGCGCCCUGCAAGCUAGACGUCGCUCCUCCAUCAACUCUCAACCCCACAACCGUGUUAUUGUGGACAGACUAUCUGGAAAAGACUCAUCUCGAAGCUCAACACACGAGGCCCUGGCUGAAAGUGCUGGUCUACCUGCUCUGCCCCCGAACCGCAGCACAACCCUCCUCAUCUCCGAAGGACUGGGUUCUCUGGGCAGAGAAGCUACAUGGGAUGACUUCCCCAACGGCCGAUGGGGUGAUGCCCGCUCUCCUGCUUUCGGUGAGAUUGACGGCUACGGACCCUCACUUCAUGUCACUUCCGCGGUUGCCCGUCGUCUUUGGGGUCACCCUGUUCAGCAGUCCGAUAUCAACACGCUGUUCCGCCGCCACGUUUCUGGCGAACUGUACAUGGUCCCUUGGUCUGAAGGUGGUGCCGAGGAGGGCACAGAUGCACUGAACGCCGAAACGGCACUCAUUCGUCCCGAGCUGCUUAAGCUUAUUGAUGGCCGAGGCUGGUGGACUCUCGCCUCUCAGCCUGCCGUCAACGGCGUUCGUAGCAAUCACCCCAUCUUCGGUUGGGGUCCUCCCCGCGAGGGUUUCGUGUUUCAGAAGCCCUUCGUAGAGUUCUUCUGUUCCACGAACGAUUACAAUAAUAUCCUUCAGCCUCUCUUCAAGAAGCACGGCCAUGAGAAGCUUUCAUGGUUCGCCACAAACCAGGCAAAUGCCUAUGAGUCGUCAUCGCCUGCUCCUGUUGCCGACACUGAGCUUGACGAGCUCGCUACGAACCCGGACAGUGCCAACGCUGUCACUUGGGGAGUCUUCCGUGGCAAGGAAAUUAUCACUCCUACCAUCAUUGAGGAGGUCAGCUUCCGUGCUUGGGGUGAGGAGGCCUUCCGUAUCUGGGAGGAAUGGCGCAGUAUCUACCCGCGCAACUCGGCUACCGAGCGAUUCUUGGAUACAACCAAGAAUGAUGCCUGGCUGGUUUGUGUCGUUGGACAGCAGUUUGGUGCUGGAACUCAACCUGGUUCUAAGGAAGAGGAGGAUGAGGUUAAGUGGAUGUGGCGUGUCUUGGCAGGUGAGCAGGAGUAA